AUGCGGUCCGCAAAUGAAGUUGAAAUGGUGGGUACUGAUGACAUUGGGGUGUCCAAUGGAGUAAUUCAAAACUCGAAUGAAAAUGUCAGGACCCAGCCUGAGAAAAAAAAUAAGAGGAAGAGAAUUGAUUCUAGAGUAGAAGAUAUUAAAAAAACACUUACUUCUUUUCUAUCUGGGAGUAGUCAAGUACUAGGGGACAUGGCUAAACACAUGGGAUAUGCACAUGACGUUGCUGACAAAAGAGCUAGGGUCUAUGGGAUCCUUGAGCAAAUUGAAGGGCUAAAUUUCUUUGACAGAAUAAGAGCUGGACAGAUGUUUGUGAAUGAUCAGAAAAGGGUUGACUACUUCUUCAGCUUGCCUGAUAUUGAGAAGCCAUAUUGGUUGCAAAUGCUUCUUAAUGGUAAACUUUAA